UAGACACCAUCAGACGGGCGCCUUUCAUGUUCACAGAUGCUGUCUAAGUAGAGACUUUUCUAGGUGUUGAAACAAAACCCGUGUGUCUCGCUUGCUUCGAUAGCCAAUGUGUUACGCGGUUUCACACUUUGAAUUGUUUUAUUUUUGCAGUAAUUGUUAGGUUCAAACGUAGUAGUUUUGGUGCCAGAAACAUAUUAAUAUUCACAAGGUCUUGUUCUUUGCUCUGGCGGUGGAUUGUGGCGGGCAAUUGGGAGGACGAAUAUGUCUGGAAAGAGUUUUCGCGUCAGCGACGGAGACUGGAUUUGUCCCGAUAAAAAGUGUGGAAAUGUCAACUUUGCUAGAAGAACGAGCUGUAACAGAUGUGGCAGGGAAAAAACAACUGAAGCAAAGAUGAUGAAAGCAGGGGGAACAGAGAUUGGAAAGACCCUGGCUGAGAAGAGCAGAGGUCUCUUCAGUGCAAAUGACUGGCAGUGCAAAACAUGUGGCAAUGUAAACUGGGCCAGAAGAUCAGAGUGCAACAUGUGUAACACGCCUAAAUAUGCCAAACUGGAGGAAAGAACAGGAUAUGGUGGAGGGUUUAACGAGAGGGAGAACUUGGUGUACAUUGAGCGAGAGGAGUCUGAUGGAGAGUACGAUGAGUUUGGGCGCAUUAAGAAGAAGUUUCGGGGCAAAAGCAAAAAUGAGAAUGAAAAGAAAGAGGAGCCUAAGAAGGAUUAUAAUGAUGAUGAUGAAGACGAUGAGGAUGAAGAGGAUGAUGAAGAUGGAGAUCUUUCAAAAUACAAACUUGAUGAUGAUGAUGAUGACGAUGAAGAUGCAGAUUUGUCCAAGUACGAUUUGGAUGCUAAUGAUGAAAAGAAAGGCAGUCGGUCAGGCUCUUCGCGCACAUCCUCUCGUUCAUCCAGUUCAAGCUCCCGGUCUAGGUCAAGAUCCCGGUCCAGGAGCUCAUCCAGUUCCAGAUCUCGCUCUCGUUCCAGGUCCAACUCCAGAUCCAGCUCCAGAUCUGGCAAGGGAUCUACUUCCUCGAAGAAGAGGUCUCGUUCCCCGUCGUCAUCGCCUGAGAAAGGCCAGAAGAGGAGUCGCUCCAGGUCGUCCUCUGGUGACCGCAAAAAAAGACGCGCUCAAUCACACUCGUCUGAAAGGUUUGGGUUUCUGGGGGUCCUGGAUACCAGUCGUCCUUCUGCAUUAUACACUGGGCUCUCAGAGAAUGAUAAAACAGAACAUGUCUGAAACAAUGCAACAAGCCAGAUUAUUUCCAAAACUGUACAGUACAUUUUUUUCACCUGUUUUAAGAGUUUGUGAACCAAAUCACUUAAUUGGUCAUGGUCUUUCUCUUUGUCUCUUUCUAUUUCUUUGUAGGCACAGAAGCUCAUCUGGAUCUCCCCACUCUGGCUCAAGCUCAAAACAGAAAUGAUUAACAAAAGAAACACCUUUCAUAAACUGCAUGUUGAUCCAACUCCAGUUCUUUUGUGCUAUUUCAACUGCCCAACUGUUUGAAUUCUCAUUUAAUGAUUUCCAUCAAAACAUUUAAACACCUGUUCAAGUAACCUUCUCAAAAAUUUUCUGCUUUUUUUUUUUUAACAAAUAACCAAUCCCUUAACAGUAUAACUAAGGUGUCAAAUCUGUAUUUGUCGGUGGGUUUAUAGAGCAACAACAUUCAAGUUUAUGACUGUAAAUGGCACGUCAUCUUCUAGACAUCACCAUUUUUUAUGGGGAAGUUAUGCAAAUUAUAAUGCAGAAGUAGUUUAAUCCAUCCAUUGCCUAGACAUUACAGUCAGAAUAUCCAGUUUAUUAAUAAAACAAUGUUGAUUUAAGGCUACUUACCAGAUGCUGGUUUUAUAGUUCUUCUGUGAUGUGGGACAGCUCUUAAGAAACUUUGUUGGUUUAAACAUUACUUAACGAAGCUGGGCAUCUUUAGGGUAUAGAGAGCUUUUCCUCUGAGGCGUAACAUUGCCUCUUCUAAUUGUGCGUUAAAGGUAAGUAUGUUGGGGGGGGGGGGGUUAUUAUUUAAUUGUAAAGAUUUUCUCUUGACCAGACAGAUGAAAUGAUGUGAAUGUUUUUCAGUGCCCUUUUUUUGUUGUAACUUUUUUUUUUUUUUUUUUUUUUUUUGGUCUGAACUGAGUAACCCUUAAUUUGAUGAUUAAUACUUGUACUGUACACAUUGCUGCUAACCUAAAUUGGUAGUUUGGUUAUCUCUUUGCUGUGGUCCGCAAAUCAAAUUAGGAACAUUCGAACAUGAAACAUCCCCCUUGCCCUUCCUGACAAGUAUCAUAUGAAACAUGAAAACAUUUACUGUUCAGUAAAAUAGCAUAUGUAAUCAACAUGAAUAAACACUUGUUAAUCUGAA